GGCGAAAGAAUAUGAACAGAUCCAUCCAGGUUGCUCAUCAACAUGGAAUGGGUCUCUUUUUCACUACUGGCAGUUGGCUCCGAUCCAUUUACUUUAGAAACACGGAUUACAGAUGACAGACAGUAUGUACAAAUUUAAGACCUUCACAACCGCCAUCUGUCCUCUUUUUCAGUUCUCAAUCUUCUAUAUAUUCUCUCCUUCCCAACUUCAUUUCUCAUUUCUCAUUAUCUUGGUUAGUAUCUCAGCAAAGAUGGAUUCUAAGCUUCUUUUGGUGGUGCUUCUCGGUGCACUUAUUUGCACUCAUGCUAGAGAGCUUGUCGGUCAAAAGGCCGGUACAUUUAAAGAGGAGAAGACAUUCUUUCACCACUUCCCUGGUUAUGGUGGUGGGCUAGGUGGUGGUGGUGGUGGUCGGGGUGGCUUGGGUGGUGGAGCUGGACUUGGUGGGGGUUCUGGCUUGGGUAGUGGAGUUGGGCUUGGCGGGGGUUCUGGCUUGGGCGGAGGUGGAGGCGGAGGGUUUGGUGGUGGUGGUGGGAGUGGAGUAGGUGGUGGCUCGGGUUUUGGAGGUGGAGCUGGAGGUGGCUUUGGGUCUGGAGCCGGAGGACUAGGGGGUGGCAGUGGUGGAGGGUUUGGAGGCGGUGGCGGUGACUUAAUUGGCGGUGGGGCUGGUGGUGGAUAUGGCGGAGGAGCCGGUGGAGGUAUCGAGGGUGGAUUGCCUUGACUUCAGAAUUUGUCACCAAUGCUACCACUAGUUACUUAGUGCUAAUGUCUGGUUAAUGUUCACAAUUAUUGAUGUACGAGUCAUUCUCCGGUUUCAUUAUCUAAUAUGAUGAGGAAUAAUUAGGAAAUAAGCUAUCUAAUAUGAUGAGGAAUAACUAGGAAAUAAGCUAGUGCAGUUAUUUUCUUUAUAUUCGAUAAACCCAUAAGCUGGUAUUAAACUCGACCCAAUUAAAGGAACUUUGCAUACCAUUUAAAUUGGAAAUUAACAUGGAAUUAUGAUAAGAAACCAAAUGGUGAUAGGUGGUUUAUGCCAUGAAAUGGUGAGACAAAUGUUAAUGGUGUGGCCAAAGUGAUGGGAGCAAGCAAGCAAGCAAGCUUCUGAAAUUUGGGAUUUGAUGCCUAAUCCAAUGCAAUUAUCAAGCCUCCAUGCAGUGCCAAUGCGGAUUUACAUUCUUGGGGGCGGAAGACAAAACCAACCCUUACAAUACGUGUGAUUAACCAACUCUCUCUUCUCUGUCUCUCAUAUACAGAUAUAUAAACACAC